AUGGGUUUGCCUUGGUAUCGUGUUCAUACUGUCGUAUUGAAUGAUCCGGGUCGAUUGCUUGCGGUGCAUAUAAUGCACACAGCUCUAGUUUCUGGUUGGGCUGGCUCGAUGGCUUUAUACGAAUUAGCGGUUUUUGAUCCCUCUGAUCCUGUUCUGGAUCCAAUGUGGAGACAAGGUAUGUUCGUCAUUCCCUUCAUGACUCGUUUAGGAAUAACAGAUUCGUGGGGUGGUUGGAGUAUUUCAGGAGGAACUGUAACAAAUCCGGGUAUUUGGAGUUAUGAAGGUGUGGCAGGUACGCAUAUUGUGUUUUCUGGCUUGUGUUUCUUGGCAGCUAUCUGGCAUUGGGUAUAUUGGGACCUAGCAAUAUUCUCUGAUGAUCGGACAGGAAAACCCUCUUUAGAUUUGCCCAAGAUCUUUGGAAUUCAUUUAUUUCUUGCAGGGGUGGCUUGCUUUGGCUUUGGGGCAUUUCAUGUAACGGGUUUGUAUGGUCCUGGGAUAUGGGUGUCCGAUCCUUAUGGACUAACUGGAAAAGUACAAGCUGUAAAUCCGGCGUGGGGUGCAGAAGGUUUUGAUCCUUUUGUUCCGGGGGGAAUAGCUUCUCAUCAUAUUGCUGCGGGUACAUUGGGUAUAUUAGCGGGCCUAUUCCAUCUUAGUGUCCGUCCCCCUCAACGUCUAUACAAAGGAUUACGUAUGGGCAAUAUUGAAACUGUACUUUCCAGUAGUAUUGCUGCUGUUUUUUUUGCAGCUUUCGUAGUUGCUGGAACUAUGUGGUAUGGGUCAGCAACCACCCCAAUCGAAUUAUUUGGGCCUACUCGUUAUCAGUGGGAUCAGGGAUACUUUCAGCAAGAAAUAUAUCGAAGAGUUAGCAAUGGUUUAUCCGAAAAUCUUAGUUUAUCAGAAGCUUGGUCUAAAAUUCCCGAAAAAUUAGCCUUUUAUGAUUAUAUUGGUAAUAAUCCAGCAAAAGGGGGAUUAUUCAGAGCAGGCUCAAUGGACAAUGGGGAUGGAAUAGCUGUUGGAUGGUUAGGACAUCCCGUCUUUAGAGAUAAAGAAGGACGCGAGCUUUUUGUACGCCGUAUGCCUACUUUUUUUGAAACAUUUCCGGUUGUUUUGGUAGAUGAAGAGGGAAUUGUGAGAGCGGACGUUCCUUUUAGAAGAGCAGAAUCCAAAUAUAGUGUUGAACAAGUAGGCGUAACAGUAGAGUUCUAUGGUGGCGAACUUAAUGGAGUAAGUUAUUCUGAUCCUGCUACUGUAAAAAAAUAUGCGAGGCGUUCUCAAUUAGGGGAAAUUUUUGAAUUAGAUCGGGCUACUUUGAAAUCGGAUGGUGUUUUUCGCAGCAGUCCAAGGGGUUGGUUCACUUUUGGUCAUGCUACCUUUGCUUUGCUCUUCUUUUUCGGACACAUUUGGCAUGGCGCUAGAACCUUGUUCCGAGAUGUUUUUGCUGGUAUUGAUCCAGAUUUGGAUGCUCAAGUGGAGUUUGGAACAUUCCAAAAAGUUGGAGAUCCUACUACAAGGAAACAGGCAGUCUGA